GAUCGUUCCAAGAGCUUUGAUUUUGAUCCUCCUAGAGAAAGGUCAGCAACAAGGGAUAGACCAGCUGGCAGAGAACGCAGCCUCCCAAGGAAUCUUUCUGAAUCAUCCAAAGGAAGUUAUGGGGAUGGGAACAGUAUUAGUUCAGGAAGUGUCUACCUAGCUAACAACUCACAGACCAUCUCAGGAUAUCAUCCUCUUCCUAGUUCCAAUAUAGGUAGCAGCUUUGGUCGCCCAGGGAGUUCUUCAAUCCUGUCUUCAGGCAGCUCCUUACGAUCACCUUCAAUAGCUCGCCAACCAAAUACCCAUCAGAUCAUCCCCAUAAGCAGCAAAAUUCCUGGACCUCCAUCAUCUAACCCUUCCAUUGCAUCUUCACGUCACCCUAGCCAGUCCUCUUCUGUUUCCAUGCAGCAGCCCCUUUCUUUUGUUCAUGCUCUGCAGGUCACUGAUGCUGUAGAGAUUCGUGACAAGAGGAUCCACGAAAGACUCCGCCGGCAGAGUCAGGGUCCUCGAAAGGAAAACACUAAGAGUGUCUAUGACACUUAUGAGGCAUCUGUGUGAUAGUUUUACCUAUGAAUAAAUGAUUUUAAAGUGUUAUUUUAAUUUCCGGAGUACAGGAAUGUGAAAUUUUUGUUUUGUAAAUGAAAAAGAAUUUAGUAAUGUAAAGUUUAAAUGAUUCCUCCUAUUAAAAAAUGGACACCCAUGAUAUGAGUGGAAGUCAAAUCACACCUUAUGGAUCAAUGAGUUUUAUUAACAGGUUAUGUUGUGGUAAUUUGUGACUCAUUCAGUUGUGCCACCAAAUCCUUUCUGAAGCCAUAUUUGUUUUAUGGAUAAAAAUAGUUUGGUAUAUUUUAUAGCUGAGUGCUGUAAUAAUUUUGUGCAGGCAUUAUAUUUGAACAAUCACAGUGUGUGAUGAAUGUGAUAUUUGUGACUUAUGAGAUCAUACAAGC